UUUCUCCUCCCUCUUUCCUCCCUUCCUCGGCCGCCGCCGCUGCCCGACGACCGACCGACCGGCGAUGGAUCCGGUGGAAGAGACGCCGGAGGUGGUGAUGGGAGCGUACGGCGGCCCGGCGCGCCGUGUCGAGAGCGGAGCAUCAGAGACGAUGCUGCUGUGGGGCCUGGGCCAGCCGGCGUCGCACCGCCCCAACGCGUUCGCGCGGCAGGGCUUGCCGGCCUUCCCCAUCGACGCGUGCGGCCGCCGCCUGACGCUCCACCAGCAGCCGUCCUCCUUCCGGGGCGCCUCGGGGGUCACGGGCGCCGUCGUCUGGGACAGCGCCGUCGUGCUCGCCAAGUUCCUCGAGCACGCGGCCGACGCAGGGCUGCUCUCCGUACGCGGGGCGCGCGCCGUGGACCUCGGCGCCGGGUGCGGGCUCGUGUCCGCCGUCGCCGCGCUGCUGGGCGCGCGGGUGGUGGCCACAGACCUGCCUGACCGCGUCCGGCUGCUGCGCAAGAACCUCGAGGAGAACGUCCCUGUCGGGGGUGGCGCGGGCGGGUCGGCGAGGGUGGCGGAGCUGGUGUGGGGCGAGGAGUACGAGCUGGACCCGGAGCUGCUGCUCUGGCUGGACCAAGAGGCAGAGCCGCCGGAGCUGGUGCUGGGGUCGGACGUGGUGUACAGCGAGGAGGCCGUGGGCGACCUGCUGGCCACGCUCUGCCGCCUCGCCGGGCCGCGCACCACGGUGCUGCUCGCCGGAGAGCUCCGCAACGACGUGGUGGUGGAGUGCUUCCUGGAGGCGGCCAUGGGGGAGUUCGAGAUCGGGUGCAUCGAGCAGGAGCAGUGGCACCCCGACUUCCGCACCAACCGCGUCGCCAUCUUCAUCCUCAUCAAGAAGAAGAAGAAGAAGAAGAAGAAGGUCUCAUCGCCAUAGCUGCUCAACCUGAAAUGCUGAAUGCGAAUGGGCAUCCACAAGUCUGUCUGUUGGCUGCAGCUCUCGGUUGUAAGUAGACAACAAUGCCAAUGCCAACACAUUAUAUAGGAGUAGAUACAAUUUCCCCAAAAAUAUGUGGGAAAUUCGGCUACCCUUGUCGAAUCAUGGACCGUGUGCUUCAAAAGUUGAAUUCAGUACCCCUUUUUUUUUCUUUAAUUUAUGAGGAUAACGACCCCUUGAAAGUUUUGACA